AGUCUGAUCUGGACUCGGACUCAGACAGCAGGAUUAACAAUGAUGAUGAUGAUGAUGAGGUCUCAUUUAUCUCAUUAAUUAGUUUUUAAUGGAGACAAAACGCAGGAUCAGGAUGCUGCUGGUGACUCUGCUGUUCUGCUUCUGUCCGGCUGUUCUGGGGCAACUGGAGGAAUCCCAAUUGGAGGAGGAGGAUGUUGAUGAUGCCGAUUUGGCAGACUUCGAUUUAGACUUUGCACCACGCAGGGUCCCUCGGCAGGUGAAACAGAUUCUUAUCAAGGAAGCCAAACCUCACAUCCAGGAGCUGUCCAUCAAAACCACCAUCAUCUCCCGCUACGCGUUCACUGCGGUGUACUGCGACAUGCUCAACCGGCACUCUGUUGCCGCUGAAGGACUCUUCCAGUUCCAAAUCCCCGCUGGAGCCUACAUCUCUAACUUCACAAUGAUCAUUGGAGGGCGUGUCUACCAGAGUGAAGUCAGACCGAAGGAAAAGAGGGUCAAAGAAGGGAACGGCAAACCUAAGAGCAAAGAGUCAAGCGACACGAGCCCCGGGCCCGAGGCGGAGGUGUUCAAGAUGGCAGUGAGCAUACCCGGUAGGAAUCGGGGCAUUUUUCUGCUGACGUACGAAGAGCUUCUGCAGCGGCGGCUGGGACGCUACGAACACGUCACCAGCCUCAGACCCCUGCAGCUGGUCAGCCGCCUCAGCCUGGACGUCACCAUCGUCGACCACUCGCCCAUCACGGACCUCCAGGUGCUGCCGCUACGCAACGGCAAAAGCAACGGUGCAAACCCUGCGGCCCGGCCCAAGGAACCAAAGUUAACAGCCAAACCCGAAGUUCCCAUCACCACCGCCAUCAAGAGCGAAAACAACGUCUGCACGAUCACCUUCAGGCCCAACAUCGUCCAGCAGGCCAGGAUCUCCACCAGCGGCAUUCUGGGAGACUUUGUGAUCCGCUACGACGUCCAGAGAGACACGGGCAUCGGAGACAUCCAGGUUCUAAACGGACAUUUCGUUCACUACUUUGCCCCCAAAGAGCUGCCUGCUGUGCCCAAGAAUGUGGUGUUUGUGAUCGACACCAGCGCCUCCAUGUUGGGGAAGAAGAUGAGACAGACUAAAGACGCCCUGUUCACCAUCCUGAGAGAUCUGCGACCCGAAGAUAACUUUAACUUUAUUAGCUUCUCCAAUAAGAUCAAAGUUUGGCAGCCAGAUCGUCUUGUGCCGGUGACACCUUUGAACAUCAGAGAUGCCAAGAAGUUUAUUUUUACGCUGUUACCUAAUGGAGGCACCAACAUCGAUGAAGCCAUCCGGACCGGCUCAUCUCUGCUUCGUGACUACCUCUCUGGCCCCGAUAGCAGCCCGAACAGCGUCUCRCUCAUUAUCUUUCUGACGGAUGGCCGGCCUACCAUCGGGGAGCUCCAGUCCACUUCCAUCCUGGGGAACACCCGAUCGGCCGUGCAAGAGAAGUUCUGUAUCUUCACUAUUGGGAUCGGUAAUGAUGUGGAUUACCGGCUGCUGGAGCGAAUGGCUCUGGAAAACUGUGGGAUGAUGAGACGCAUCAGCGAGGAGGCCGAUGCCAGUGCUAUGCUUAAAGGGUUCUAUGAUGAAAUAGGGACACCUAUUCUGUCAGACAUCAGUGUCAACUACACAGAGAACUCAGUCAAUUACAUCACUCAGAAUCUGUUCACCAACUACUUCAACGGCUCUGAGAUUGUCAUCGCUGGGAAGCUUACGAACCAAAGUGCGGAGUCCCUCCACGUUCAGGUUACUGCCAGCAACAACGACAGGAACAUCAUCCUGGAGAUGGACGUGCCGCUGCGGCGACUGCAGAUAGAAACCGAGAAACACGUGAAGGCAGCCGCCGCUGCCAUGGCUGCCGGAGCCAAGACCCUAGGGUCGGGGGUCAUGCAGGGACUGGGGAAUCCACUGGGUCAAAUUUCAGAAAACUUCAUUGAACGCAUCUGGGGUUUCCUGAGUGUUAAGGACUGUCUUCGUUCACGGCUGCGCAGCCAAACUAGCAAGGAGAGAGAAGAUCACACCCAGCAGGCUGCCAACCUGUCGGUGACCUAUCACUUCCUGACUCCACUCACCAACAUGGUGGUGGAGAAGCCAAAGGUUCGGGCUGAUGGCACCAUGGAGCCAGCACCCACCGUCACACCGGCAGCUGAUGAAGCUGCGUCACCUGCCAAUGAUCUACCAGGUGACCCAGAUGAGGAACAGCCACAGAAAUUUGAGGAGAAACUGAAUCGGAUUUCAUCUCUUAGCAACAUAAUAGGUAAAGCUGAGAGAAAACCUGCCAAGAAAUACAUUACURUCUCCAAAACAUCAGCGGACGGUGACCCUCACUUUGUGGUGGAGUUUCCCCUCAGUAAGUUAACUGUGUGCUUUAACAUCAAUGGUGAGCCUGGUCAUGUUCUCCGCCUGGUUUCUGACCACAAGUACUCCGGUGUGACAGUCAAUGGGAAGCUUAUAGGUGCCCCGGCUCCACCAGGCAGCCACAAGCACCAGCGCACCUACUUCAGCACCAUCACCAUCGUGGCGGAUCAUCCAAAACGCUCAUACAUUGAGGUGACGUCUAAGAAAGUCAUCCUGGAUGGACGGGACCGCAUCRUUCUUCCCUGCCAUUCCACCGUGACCGUGGACAGCGGCGCCUUGUCUGUGGCCAUCGUAGGACGGGCAAACGUGACCGUGACAGUCGGAGGGAACAUCACCUUYGUCAUCCUGCUGCAUCAGUACAAAAACCCGGCUCCCUAUCAGCGAGACCAUCUGGGGUUCUACAUUGGCAACAGCACAGGACUUUCACACAACUGUCACGGUCUGCUAGGACAGUUCCUGUAUGAGGAGGUUGGAUUGGCCGAGCAUCCUGAACAGGGAGACGUGAAGCCCUUUCAGGUCCUGAAGGUGAAGGACCGCUCAGUGCCGGUGGUUCACAAAAGCAGGAGGAUCUACAGCGGAACGCAGAACGUGGACUGCUGGUUUGCCCGAAACAAUGCAGCCAAGCUAAUAGACGGACAGUAUGAGGACUAUGUAAUGGCUCACAUGUUCGAAACAGGAGACUGGCCUCAUGGGACUAAUAAAGUGUGAGACAGUCACAAACUCCACCAUCAAUAUUUGACUAAAUCACUAACUACAUUUUAAAAAAAUKACUGCGUUCAAAUAUAUUUUUGUAAUAUUUCUAAUUAAAUACAUUUGUUUUUAA